AUGUCACACUCGCCCGCGUCUAGACAAUUGACGUGGUCCGCCACGCCGGCCUGGAGGGGCACUCCGUCGCCGCGCAGAAAGAGUGGAGCGUAUCGGCUACGCAGCAGGAGCGGCAAACACAUGGCAUCUGUGGGGUUGGGAUGCGCUAGAGCGUCUUGGUUGGUACUGGAGAGCGGGCUGGGCUGGAUUGGAUUGGGCUGGGUUGGGUUAGCACCCGGUAGACCAAGCAAAAGAUACAAAGGAAGCGGUGUACCUACUGCCGGGCGGUGUAAGGUUAUUCCAACUUCCGCCCCUCUCUCUUCUCGAGCUUCGGAAUCUGUUCCAGGCCCACCCACAAAUCACAUCGAGAAGGAUAUCCGUGGCGGGGCGGAAGUACCGGUUGGUUGGACUCAAGGUGCAAGGAUAGAGGGGAUAUACUCCGUACGGAGUAUUGUAAUUUGUGCCGACGAUGGAAAUUAG